AUGGUGGUCGACCCAACAGGCAAACUGCUGACAAAAAGGAAAACCGUUUCACGCAAAGAUGUCAUCGCCAACCCGCGAGUGACGAAAUUCAAGCACCUUGUCCGUCGGGCACGGAGUUCGCAUCAGGCCCAGCUCCGGGAGAUGAAGCAGGAGCUGGCUGGAUACUUGAACGGUGCUGAUACAGAGUCGGAGGAUGAGGAGCAGAGCCAAUCAGAUGAUGAUGGUGAUGUUGCUAUAUCUAUUCUGGCUGAGCAUGACGACGAGGGUUGGGAGUUCCAACAGCUCUGCGGUGACCCCGCCUCUCCAUAUCCCGGCUUUGAGCGGUUAUGGAAAGCCUUGAAAGCCUGCUUGCAUCGAAAUCGGUGGGCAAAAGAUGAUUCAGGUGAAGCAACCGACGAGGAGCCUGAAGAGGAUGAGAAGAAGAGGAAAAAAACGAAAAAGAAGAAGGCCAAAGCUCCCGCUAAAUCCAAGGCUUCAAAGGCUAAGGCCCAGCAGGACCAAAAGACCAAGAAAAAGGAUAAGCAAGCUUCGAAAAAAAAGGAGAACAGCUCGAGCCAAGAACAGGGCGAGGAAACCGAGGCCAUGCAGCGCAUGAAGAGGACGAUGACGGCGGAUUGUGCAUAUGUGCCUGGAUCCUAUAAAGAAGCUCGUUUGAGGUACAUUGCAAAGAAGCGCGAGCGGGGCUUCUCGUGGAAGGAAGCUUGUGAAAAAUGGAACCAGAGCUCUGCGAGGGCUUCGUGGCUCGAGGGCUUGUCGGUGAACGAGCUGAAGCGACGACGGUUCAUUUAG